AUGGUCCAAGUUUCCAAGAUCCUGCUAUGGGCUCUCACGUCCGCCGUUGGGGCUGCCAAUCUCCAAUCUGGCAAUGCAGCUCGGGACAUAUUGGAGACGGCUCACGCAACCGAUAGUCUAAAAGAAUGUCUCAAGUCUAGCCACGGAGCUCCGUUCUGGAUGGAGACUAUCCAUCACACAGGAAUAUCUCCCUUCCUCAACGACUCUUCGUACUCUGUGUUUCGAAACGUGAAAGACUUCGGAGCCAAAGGUGAUGGCGUUACCGAUGAUACAGCCGCCAUCCAAAAAGCCAUUGAUGAUGGCGGACGCUGCUUCACCGGUUGUGGUCCAGGACGAGGCGGCCCAGACGACCCUCCUGCCAAGACACUCAAACCGGCCCUGAUCUACUUCCCGUCAGGCACAUACAAGAUCAAGAAGAGCCUAAACAUUUACAUUUACACGCAGCUAGUUGGCAACCCACUUGACAGACCGACUAUCAAAGCGGAUGCGGCCUUCAACGACCUCUAUCUGCUGAACGCCUUUCCGUCGCCUCCCGUUUCACCCUUCCCAACUACGAUCAACCUCUACCUCCAAGUCAGAAACUUUGUGUUUGAUACCACCAAUGUCGAUAAACGUUCUUCUGUGGCCUGUGUCAAUUGGCCGUCUGCGCAAGCCGUGACACUCAGUUUCAAUGAUUUCAGAAUGGCAAAGCAAAGCUCACACCAGGGUGUCGUGUUUAAUGGCACAACUGGUGGAGGUGGAGGCUCUGCCACUUUUAUGGGUGACUUGUCUUUCACUGGAGGAGCAGUCGGUAUCCGCAUGAACAAUCAGCAGUACGCCAUUCGCGCCGUCGAAUUCAAAGACGUCAAAACAGGUAUCCAGAUUGACCACGUAUUCACGCUGUCUCUUCAAGGCCUAAAUUUCCAGAACUGCGAUGUUGGCGUCAACUACACUGCGGCACCCAAGUCCUCAGUAGGAUCACUAGUACUUAUUGAUUCGAAAGCGUCUUCCACCAAGCAGCUCAUUCUGUCGCAACACACCAAAAACGCAGACGGAUCCAUCAUUAUUGAAAACGUCAAGCUCAACGACGUUGGUGUAGCGGUUUCUGACCGCAACGGCACCGUCGUUCUCCCUGGCACUAGCCAUUCCAGCACCAUCAAGUCUUACAUCCAGGGAACAGUGUAUAAAGACGCCACCACGGGCAGCUACAUGGAAUCCAGUGGAACUUAUUCACGAUCGCAGAUUCUUCUCGACCACAGCGGUGAUUACUGGACGAAAUCGCGCCCCCAGUAUGAGCGGUACAGCUCAAGCUGCUUUGCCAGCGUCAAAGACUUUGGCGCACGAGGCGACGGAAAGACGGAUGACACCAAGGCUAUUAUUGCUGCCUUGAAGGCUAAUGUAAAUCGAAGAAUCACAUAUUUUCCCGCAGGCAACUAUCGUGUUUCUGACACUGUUCUGGUCCCGGCUGGGUCUCGACUUGUCGGCGAGGCCUGGUCAACUCUCAGUGCUAUUGGCGACAAGUUUGCAGACGAAAGUAACCCCAGAGUCAUGUUUCAAAUGGGCAAGAAGGGCACCAAGGGCAUAAUCGAGGUUACCGACUUGGCAUUCGACGUCGCCGAUGUCCUCCCAGGCACAAUCCUCGUCGAAAACAAUAUUUCCGGCUGCAAACCCGGCGACGUUGGACUAUGGGACUCCCACUUCCGCGCCGGAGGAACCAUUGGAUCUGCCGUCGAGACCAAAUGCGCAUCGUACCCCAAGUCCGACAUCCCCAACUGCAAGGCGGCGUUCUUGUUCCUCCACCUGCGACCGGAAAGCUCGACAUACAUGGAGAGCGUGUGGGGAUGGUCAGUGAACCGCGACUUGGACGGAAUGAGCGGAGCAACAAACGGGACGAGUCAGUCCAUUGCCGUUGGCCGCGGGAUGCUUGUUGAAUCGACCCGAGGGACGUGGAUGGUCGGCACUGCGUUUGAGCAUUUUGUCUUAUACCAGUACCAGUUCCUCAAUGCCGCGAAUGUCUUUUCCUCCAUGGCACAGACUGAAACUGUCUACUGGCAGCCUGCUCCGCCGGCGCCAGCUCCCUGGGUGCCUGAUCCGAAAUAUUCUGACCCAGACUACUCAAACUGCAACAAGGACACGCCUCAAUGUUUCAUGGGCUGGUCUUUGCGAGUUAUCGGCGGUCGAGACAUGACAUUUUAUGGGUUGGGCUUCUGGCAGUUUUUCAACGGUUUGAAUGGCGUGCAAGGCCCAUAUGCGCAAGAAAACAUUGUCUCUAUUGAAAAGGAACCCAAGUCUCUCAAGAUUUACAACCUGGGCACGCACCUGGUGCAGAAUAUGGUCACUAUUGAUGGCAAGACGGCUGCUGUGAGCGCUGAUAAUAAGGGCGGAUGGGGAGGACUCAUUGCGGCGUAUUUGCCUUUUGCGUAG